AUGGCUCUCGAUCCGCGCGCUCUCGAAGAAAAGGCCAGAAAAACUCUCCAGAGCGCUAGUGGCUGGAGUUUCUUCAGCAAUAAGGAAGACAAGUAUCAAACCGCCGCCGACCUAUACACACAAGCCGCAAAUGCCUAUCGAUUGGAGAACAGGAACCAGGAGGCGGGGGAAGCGUUCAUAGCUGCUGCCAAUAUCUACCGCGAAAAGCUGAACGAGCCGGACGAUGCUGCGAACCUCAUGGUUGACGCAUUCAAGGUCCUGAGGAAAGACAACCCACAGAAGGCACUUGAUUGCAUCGAUCAAGCUAUCAUGCGGUAUACGAGCAAGGGCAAUUUCCGUCGUGCAGCAUCCCACAAAGAAAACGCAGGAGAGAUGCUCGAGCAGGACCUGAACGACCGCGUGCGGGCGAUGCAGUACUAUAGGGACGCCGCUCUCUGGUAUGAGCAGGAUGGUGCUAAAGCCCUGGCAAACAAGCUUUGGCUCAAAGUUGCCGACAUCGCCGCUCUGGAGGGCCAGUACUUCGAUGCGGCCAACCGCUUCGAGAAAGUGGCGCAAUCGUCACUUGAGAAUCAUCUCAUGAAAUAUUCUGUUAAGGAGUACUUCCUCAAGGCUGGCCUUUGCGUGCUAGCGACAAAGGACCUGGUGACAGCUCGGCGCAGCCUGGAAGACUACAAAGCCAAGGACCCAUCAUUCGCGUCGCAACGUGAAUGCCAGCUUUUGGAAGACCUGAUCGAGGCCAUUGGUCAGGGUAACCAGGAAAUGUUCACCGACAAACUAUAUGCCUAUGAUCAAUUGAGCCGGUUGGACAAGUGGAAGAUGGAGAUUCUUCUUAGGAUCAAGAAUCAGAUCGAAGAGGCAGACAAUGAGUUUUCUUGA